CUUCCUGCCCCUGGAGCCGGCACGGCUGAAGCCGAGAUUCUGGGCAAGAGGGGGCGGGGAGGUUGCGCUGCGUCCGCCACCAACAUGCCCUUUGAUUUCAGGAGGUUUGAUAUCUACAGAAAGGUGCCAAAAGACCUUACGCAGCCAACCUUUACAGGAGCAAUUAUCUCUGUCUGCUGCUGUUUCUUCAUACUGUUUCUCUUCCUGUCUGAGCUUACUGGUUUCAUAGCCACUGAAAUUGUGAAUGAACUCUAUGUGGAUGAUCCAGACAAAGACAGUGGGGGCAAAAUAGAAGUAAAUUUGAACAUCAGCUUGCCAAAUCUGCACUGUGAAUUGAUUGGAUUGGAUAUUCAGGAUGAAAUGGGAAGACAUGAAGUUGGCCAUAUUGAUAACUCGAUGAAAAUUCCUCUGAAUAAUGGAGAUGGAUGUAGAUUUGAGGGUCAUUUCAGCAUCAACAAGGUUCCAGGAAAUUUUCAUGUAUCAACACAUAGUGCCACUGCACAGCCCCAGAAUCCUGAUAUGACACAUGUCAUCUACAAACUCUCCUUUGGUGAUAAGCUGCAGGUCCAGAACAUUCAUGGAGCAUUCAAUGCACUGGAGGGAACAAACAAACUCAGUUCAAACCCCCUUGCUUCCCACGAUUAUAUACUGAAGAUUGUUCCUACUGUGUAUGAAGACAUGAGUGGCAAACAGCGGUACUCAUACCAGUAUACUGUAGCCAAUAAGGAAUACGUAGCAUAUAGCCACACAGGGCGCAUUAUUCCAGCCAUUUGGUUUCGCUAUGACCUGAGCCCUAUUACAGUGAAGUACACAGAAAGGCGACAGCCUUUGUACAGAUUUAUCACAACGAUUUGUGCCAUCAUUGGUGGAACGUUCACCGUGGCUGGGAUUCUUGACUCCUGCAUUUUUACAGCCUCUGAAGCCUGGAAAAAGAUCCAACUAGGAAAGAUGCAGUAACAAAACAAUCUUCCCCCUAGUCUUGUGAGAAGAAGCAAGGAAGGAAAAGCCCACAGCUAUCAAUUUUUCUUCAUAUCAUUUCAGUUGGCAUAUGUCACACAAGUUGUUGGAAACAUUAUAAGGGAGCAGAAACAAAUAAACAAUCUGCCACCCAACAAAUCAUAAUCUUUGAAAGUUAGCAACACUUGCAAGGGAAUGUGGUUUUAUUUGUACUAUUCUCAUUCAAUGUUUUUUGAGGUUUGUUAUCUUUUAUGUUUUAAAACUAGAUCUGAUGGAUCUAAUUGGUAUAAUUCUGUUUUAAAAUCUCAGAAGGUGACUUCAGAGAAAUCAGAUUUUACCCAAGAAUUAUGGAACUGAACAAUCAUACUGAUUUUACUGAACAAUAAUACUGAUUUUAAUAACAUUUUGACUUAAAAAAUAAACCUAGCCCAGAUAUUUAGAACAAAGUCUAUUGAUCUUUUUGCAUUACAUAUUUUCUAGAUGAGUAGAAACAAAGGAUCUAUGGUCUAGUUAUAUUUUUGGCAGGCUGAGAAACUCUUCCUGGGUGACCAUUUAAAACAUUCAGUCUUCCCAGGAUUUGAUUCUCCAGCACAGUUAGCUGAAAAACAACUGUGUUUCUUUUAUUCUUCUGGAAUGUUAAAAUAUUUUUACUUAUUUCCAACAACAUUUGGUCAAUGAUACAGGUGACAUAAAAUAAUAGAAACAAUUAGAAAAAAUGAAGGAAUAUAAAUAAGCCUCAUUUGUAAAUAAAGCAGAUUAUAUGUUUCUGUAUUUGUGAGGCUUUCUCUUUUUGAAACUCAGAUCAUUAAACUGUCCAGGUCAAAAAUUUCAAUUUAAAGGGGGAACAGUGGAGAUAAUACUUAGUCAAUACUCAAAAUGGGUAGAAGAGCAUCAUGUUAAAUAGAGGAACAUCUUCUGUAAAUACUGGAAGUAGCCUUUACCUUGGGGAAGUCAAGUUAUUGCACAAUAACUUGCUCAUCUUUAAAAUGUUAAUUUGCAAGCAUUUGCCAAACUGACAACCUUAAAGACAAGCAUCUACUUUGCUGAUUCUUAAGAGAUAGGUACCACACUGUAUAAAAGAAAACACAUUUUCUAUGUGAACAUCUUCUUCCGUAUGUGUUCUAAGUAUAAAAUAAUAGUUUGUCCCAUUCUGCAGGUGAAUGUGGGGAGAAAAUGAUAAGGCAAAAAUCAUGCAAGUUAAUAGUUUUUGAUAUGGUAUUGACAUUGGUUCAUAGGGACUUUCAAUAAAAUCCACCAAUUUUCAUAGACUUUUGAUAUAUGACCUGUUAUAAUUUUGGCAUGUUUGUACAUUUUAUAUCACUUAAGAUGGAUACAAAUGAUGUGUUCUCUAGCUUUGCUGUACCUUUAAAAGAAACAGUAAGAUUUCUGACAUUACAAUUUGGAAACAGUAAUUAUUUUGCUGUCAGAAUGACAUGUGGUCUUUUAAGGGUGACCUUUUUAGAAUUUGAAAGUGUCAAAUCUAUAUGCUGUGAUUAAACUGCUUCGGUCCAGAAGUACUUUAUAUGUUGUUCUAUGCUUCUUGGAAGUAAAUCCCAUUAAAUUCAGUGGGACACACUUGUA